GUGAAUGGUCGGAGAUUGGGUGGCUGUGAUUGGCUGUGGGUCCGUUGAGAUGGGCGGUCCGUAGUCGCUAUUUGAGCCGAAGCUUUCCCCGCUGCUGUGCACUUGUACACGUAUAGAGAGCGGCGCUGGGAGGAGUGGGCGGAGUCCCGGAGAGCGGAGUCCCGGAUAGCGGAGUAUAGUGUGUUGUUCCCGGGGAGUGAGUCCGGAGUGUGGAUUGUACCGCAUGGUGGGUUGUGUAUGGACGCGGCGGUGCGGGGCCCCUCGGAGGACGGUGGAAGUCCCCGCCCAUGCCUGUAGAUCCCGGCUGCCUGGAUGGGCGGAUCAUGAAGUGUUUGACUUUCUUUCUUCUGCUUCCAGAGACCUUCAAGAAGUCUAAAAAGAGCGGCGGCCGGGCGGGCGGCAAGGUGCAGGCAUGCUAUGAGAUCGUCCCCCUGGCCCUCAAGAGGAAGAUGGCUGCGGAGCUCUACCCUGCCCAGCACACCGACAUCCCCGACAACGCCACCGCCAAGAAGAACGCCCUCCAUAUCACCCCGCACAGCUCCCCGCCACCUCCGCCGCUCCACAACCUCAACAACAACCACAUCGACACCGAUCACUGGCAGUCCUCACACCCGACCCUCCGAGAGAGAAACGCGCUGAUGUUCAACAACGAAUUAAUGGCCGAUAUUCACUUUAUCGUGGGUCCCGCUGGGGCCUCCAAGAAAGUCCCCGCACACAAGUACAUUUUGGCUGUCGGCAGCUCGGUGUUCUAUGCCAUGUUUUAUGGCGAUCUAGCGGAGGUGAAAUCUGAAAUCCAUAUCCCAGACGUGGAACCUGCAGCAUUUUUAAUCCUUUUAAAGUACUUGUACAGCGAUGAGAUUGACCUGGAAGCGGACACUGUGCUUGCAACACUCUACGCUGCCAAGAAGUACAUUGUUCCUGCGCUGGCCAAGGCCUGUGUCAAUUUCCUGGAGACCAGCCUAGAGGCCAAGAAUGCCUGUGUUUUGCUUUCACAAAGCCGGCUUUUUGAAGAGCCCGAGCUGACUCUGCGGUGUUGGGAGGUUAUAGACGCUCAGGCAGAGCUUGCGUUGAAGUCGGAAGGCUUCUGUGAGAUUGAUCUGCCGACUCUGGAGAUUAUUGUGACACGAGAGACCCUCAAUACAAAAGAGGAUGUUGUGUUCGAGGCGGUUUCGAGCUGGGCAGAGGCCGAGUGCAAAAGGCAAGGCCUGCCAGCCACCCCUACCAAUAAAAGGAAUGUAUUGGGGAAAGCACUAUACUUGGUACGGAUUCCCACCAUGACUCUGGAGGAAUUUGCCAAUGGAGCUGCCCAGUCAGACAUUUUAACCUUGGAGGAGACGCGCAGCAUCUUCUUGUGGUACACGGCUGCUAACAAACCGCAACUCGAGUUCCCGCUUGUUAAAAGGAAAGGACUGGCACCUCAGAGGUGCCACAGAUUCCAGUCUUCAGCCUACCGCAGUAACCAGUGGAGGUACAGGGGGCGCUGUGACAGCAUCCAGUUUGCCGUUGACAAAAGGAUAUUUAUUGGUGGUCUUGGGCUUUAUGGGUCGAGCUGCGGUAAAGCAGAAUAUAGUGUAAAAAUUGAACUUAAACGGCAGGGGGUGGUCCUUGCCCAAAACCUGACUAAAUUUGUUUCUGAUGGAUCAAGUAACACCUUCUCAGUCUGGUUUGAGCACCCAGUGCAAGUAGAACAGGACACCUUUUACACUGUCAGCGCCAUCUUGGACGGGAAUGAACUCAGCUACUUUGGGCAGGAAGGGAUGACGGAGGUGCAGUGUGGGAAGGUGACCUUCCAGUUCCAGUGCUCUUCGGACAGUACCAACGGAACUGGGGUGCAGGGGGGACAGAUUCCCGAGCUCAUCUUCUACGCAUGACCCAUUUCACCCGCUACUGCUAAAGCACAUUGACGCGCCCCCUUUCACCCGGUUGGUCCUGACACGCACUGAAAAGGGGGGCGUAAGCAUUUUUUUUUUUGUUUCUUUUUUUAUGUUAAAACUGUACAUCAGUAUGGAAUGUAACAAACUGCCUGUCAAAACUCCAACUGAAGGAAUGCUUUUAGAGUUUAAUCUUAUUUUAUUUAUUUAUAAACUAUUUGAAUUAUUAAAACUGCAACAUGCAGGGAGAUGAUAAAGAAAUCCGCACACAAUGUGCUUUUAUUUUGUAUAUAGAUAACUUGUUAAAACAUAAAAAAAAAAAAAAAAAACGCAGAUUCAAGGGAGAACUGCGGUUAUAUAUGUUACAUAAAAGAUUUUUACUUCUACCCA